GCCAUUUAUGCUCCGCGGCCACCCCCGGCUGGUGACGCGCGGUGACGGCAGCGCCAGGUCCCCGCCAAGGUCCAGCGGCCGCCGGGACACGGGGCAGGCAGAUGGAUGGAUGGAUGGAUGGAUGAAUGGAUGGAUGGAGGGGACAGAUGAGGCCACCCACCAGCAGUGAUUCCUUCUCCAGCAGGCUCCUGGGCCAGAUCCUUCAGCUCAGCUUGGUCAAGUACCCGCUGAAGCUCCUUCAGAAAGCCUCUGGCUGGAUUGGAUUGGUGCUCCCUGUCGAGACCAUCAGGAGCAGGCUCUGUCCCUCAUCCCAGUCCUCCUCCAGGCCUGGGCUCCUGGCCAGGAAGCGCCGGGGGAAGCUCCUGCGCCUGCUGCUCUCCCUGACUCCCACCAGGGUCCAGACCUUCCUGGGCUACCUCCCAACCGACUGGGGCCACAGCAACAUGUCCAAGGAGAUCCAGGAGGCUCCCAUCAACCCAGCCAGCAAAGCCAGCAAGAGGAAGAGGGAUGAUGUGGCUCUGGAGCAGCAGGAGUCCUGGUUUGUGAUGCUGGAGAGGGAUUUGCCAGAGGAUGACUCUGAAGACCCCACGUAUGAGCCCUCUGAGCUGGAGUCGGACACUGACGAGUACCACUCCCAAAAUGACACAGACCUGGAGCUGGAGGAGCAGGGUGGGGUCACUGUGCUGGAGCUCGCAGCUGUCCAGGGCUCCAUGUUGCCCCCAGAGCUGGGAGCAGAGGAUCCAGCUGUGCCCAGCAGUGGGGGAGAUGCUCCAGAUGUGACCAAUGAUGAUGCCCAGAAGCCACAAGGGGAUGAGAGCAGUGAGCAGGAGACUGACACAGCCUGUGACACCAGCUCGUCCCAGGAUGGGGAAAACUAGGAAGCCUGACUUGUGCACCUGGACCUCCUGGGGCUGCAGAGUGCCUGACUCCCUGGGACAGCUGUGUCCCUGAGGAAGAUGUCCAGUUAAAUGCUGUGUUCAUGUUGUUUGUGUCCUUUUUCUGAAGCUUAUAAUAAAAUUGCCCUAUU